AUGUCUCUGCUCGCCCUCCCCUUCGAAAUCAUCGAGCGCAUUGCGAUUAACCUCGCCGAUGCUCAUGGCAUCCAGGCUCUCCUCCCGCUCCAGCUCACCUGCAGAUAUCUCAACUCCUCCCUCGGGAUCACCACCAACCCCCACAUAUUCGCCUCGUACUUCGCAUCGCACUACGACGUCUCCUCUGUGUCCCGUCGCCUCGGCCCUCAAGCUGCCAAGUCGUCUUCCUAUGUUGCCCAGCUUCUGCGCUACACCCAUACCCUCGCCCGCAUCCGCUCGGGAGACAUCCAUGCCGACGACCUCUGCCACACGUUCUGGACGUCGUACCUCAUGCUCAUAGAGGACGACGGGAAGAACCGUGCAAGCCUCGAGGCAGCUGGCUUGCCCGAUUUCGUAGACCGCUUUGUCCGCGAGCAUCUCUACGACGGACACCGGAACGGUUGGCCCGCAGACAACGCCGUCAACUCCCUUGCCUUGUGGCUCCUCUGGCUCACAACCACCGAAGAUCGACUUCGAGCGGAGUCGUCUCCUCAGCGGGCACAGAUGAUCAGACUCAUGCUGCCUUUCGUAGUCAUGCCAGUUCGGUACCCUUCCGCCUUCGCUCCCGAUAUCCACUUCUCCCUGCCGCUCUCACGCGACAUAAACACCGUUCCACACUCCGUACCUACUGUGCACGGCCCAUACCCCCACUACCUAUACGAUCGGUAUCACAGAGCACAGUUCUACUCCGUGUCCGACUUGGAAAUCGGCAUACCGCUUGCGUCUAUCGCCGCAAAACUUGUCUACAUAUCUAGAACGGAAGUCUUCCCCGUCGCCGUACCGCCUCACAUCCCUCGCAACCGCCAACAUGCCCUCCAGCUUGGUCUCACUAUGGUCGGCCCUACGCAAGAAGACGUGCACGAACUCAACGCGAACAAAGUCGCCAAGCUUCUCCCGACGACGCGGCCCGAUGGUAACUGGUCAGAGGGUAUUCGGGGCUGGGAUACCAUGACAGCGGAUCAACGCGCAGCCAACGCACCGAGUGCGAGGUGGGACAACGAUUGGAACAGGUUGGUCGACUGCACCGACGUUUUCAGGCCGGUCUCCCUCAAGCGUUCGCAUUAUACCCCUGGAACAAUGUCCGGCUUAUGGCAAGGACGAAUGCUCGUUGCAGACGACACUGCGCUCGAAACCUUCCUCCAGAUCCCCCAGAUGCCUCCUAAUUUCAACGAACAAACCCUCGGAGUCAUAGUAGCACCAGUCUUUAUGCGCCUUCGUGAGUACGUGUGUAUGGACGUCGCCUCCAACGAGCCUGUUCCUGCCGGUAAGAUGGAGGAUGGAAAGCAUAAUGCAUGGUUCCCAGCGUCCAUGCGGCGUUUCGAGCAUCAGAACGAGCUCACUCUCAGUUAUACCGUCCAAGACCCAACUGCUCCUCACCGCCUCGUCGAGGAAUCUAAGCGCUAUCGUGAAUACGUUCCCGAUGGAUCUAUGCACGACGAGACAACGUGUCGGGGAUGUUUGUAUCGUGGAACCUCGGAGAUGGUAUUUAGAGAACACGAUGCGCAUUUUCUCGAAGUGCUGGAUAACGAGCUUGCAGCGGCACCGCUUCCGGACGGGAUGGAUGAUGCCGAGGAUAUGGAUGUCGUUGACGAAGAGGAUGCCGAGGAAGAGGGCGACGCCGACGAUGCAGAGGACGAUCCCAUGUCUGUCGAUGACGGAGAUGAGCUCGUCGUGAAGAGGAAGUGCGAUGGUAUCAUGGAUAUCGUGCUCGUAGGCGAGACGGACGAAAGGCAUGCUCAGGCGUGGCAUCCAUAUCGCUUCUAUGGCCGCGUGAGGGAAUGGGAUGGAUUAAUCGCAUUGGUGCGCGUUCCCGCCAACGCCGGUGCCCCGCAUGUCGGUCUUUGGAUAUUCACGGGAUACGUCGUCGGUGGUCAGACGCUCGUUGGGAACUGGAGGACGUCGUCGCACCCUGGUGAGCCGGUCACGUUCGAGGGUGCGUUCGUGAUGUCAAAAAGGGACUGA